ACGUCUGUGAAGUUCAGGACAAUGAGAGAAAUUUGUGUUUUUGUUGUGAGAAUUGUGUUCACGCUUUUCUUUUGAAGAACUUAAUCUUGCUUUUGUGAAACACUUUUAAGUGAGUGAGUCUUACUGUAUUUCAGUUCAUGGGUAUUAGGAGGGGAUCAGUCCUACCUCGAGGUAACCAGAGGUCAUCGGAUGGAGAAGACGUUGAUCUGCCGAGCCUGUAACAUGGUGUUUCGCUCCACCAGGCUGCUGGAGAAACACACAGCGAUGUUCUGCAUCGGUGGGGAGGUGGAGAGCGGAGGUGGAGGUGUCGACGCUAAACAGACCAGAGCUCCUGAUCUCGUUCAGACGAGGGGUCAGCGACGAAUCCCCGUCACGAGGAGCCGUGCUGAGGCCGAGCUGGAGUCGGGACCAGAAGACAAACGGGCGAACGCUCAGACGGACGGUGCUGCUCUGCGGAAUCUAACUGACGAGCCGAGCCGACGUCAUCUGGGUCACACCGAGAGGCUGAAGGAGAUGAGGGAGAUGGCGACGCUCCACGAGCGCCAAGUGGCCCUGAUACACGCUCACAACCGGCAGCUGGAGCAGCAGAGAGACGAGCUGGCCCAUCAGGUCUCUGUCCUGAGUGAGCAGAGCCGCUCGAGUCAGCUGGACAAUCUGCUGAUGGAGCUGAGGGAGCAGGAGGAGAGGAACGAGGAGACACUGCAAGCACUCGCUCGACAUCUCCAUGCAUUACAUGUGCGACCUGCUAAUCAGACAGAUCCAGCCGAGAAUCAAAAGAUGCAUCCUGACAACUACAAGCUCAUUACUUGUGCGGAUGGCCCGCUCUCUGCCCAGAUAAAGUAUACAGCCCUGCGACAGACGGACUCGCAGUCAGGUGGGUCAGAUCCAGCCAUUGUGGCGCAGAUGACUGACCUGCAGGCAGAAGCCCAAAGUCUGGAGGGGAAUCACUCAGCAGCAGCAGCAGCAGUGUCUGCCGAGGACAGGAGCAGGAAGGUGAGGCCUCGUCUGCCGGGUCCGAGCUGGGAGCUGCUGGCUCUGGAGCAGGAGAACCAGAGGCUGGAGGAGGAGAUCCUCAGGAUGCAGCUGGACAGAGAGAGAAAACAUGACAACGAAGCAGUGAGGACUGAGCAUUGGUUGAUUCAGAGGGAGAAGCUCCAGCAGAGUUUACAAGCGGAGGUGGAGAGAGGUGGAGAAGCUCCCUGGUCCUGCAGACAACCUCCUCCUCCACCUCUGCUCCCACUUCAAGCUCCUUUUUCUCUGCUCCAGACGAGAUCCUUCUCCUCUACGUCAGGGAGACACGUGAUGGACCCACUGGACUCUCUGGGUCCAGCUCCCUACGACCCUGCAGCUGGUUUUGUGGUUUUCUUUGACCUGGCUCUGGGAGUCGAUGCCUCUCAGAGAGCGCUGCGCCUGGUGGCAGCUCUCUACUCUGAGGGUGUGGAAGUGGGACCCCCGACUCCACUGCCCCCUUUCCAGUGUCUGCCGGGAUCAUCUUCACCUUACACCCACAGCCUCGCCCCUGGAAACUACGCUCUUCUGUCAGUGAAACAGCCCGUUCCCAGGAUCCAGCCGUCAGCGUCCCUCUGCCUGGUGGUGGAGGUGCAGGCAGCCAGAGAUCUGGAUGUUCAGAACCAGGAGGUGUUCAGACAGUCGCCCUCUGGCUGGACACGACUGGAACUCUUCGAUCAACACAACCAGCUCUGCAGUGGCCACUGGAGGAUGCCAGUGCGCUGUCUGCCUGUUAAACCUUCACUCAGCAUCGCCCAGCUCAACACAAUACACCAGGUGGGAAACAUGGAGGUGUGUGUACGUUUGGCAAACAGCCGAGACGAGGACACGCAGACCCUCGUGAAGCCGGACCCUGCCAGCACCAGGCACUACACAUAUCAGGCUGUAGUGUCCUCUCUCCACGCGACUGGACAAGCAGCUCCGGCAGUUUCAGCUCCACAGCCGACAGAGGUGAAUCAUCUCUGCUCCCCGCUGAGCUCGACCCAUCACACAAACCCUCCACCCACAGACGGAGCCGGUCAGAGUUAACAGAGACAGACAUGACACUCAGGAAAUGGACAGUGGGGAUCAAACUGUGAUUACUGUUCCUCUCCUCCUCUGA